AUGCAAUGCACGCCGGUCUGCUGCAUCCCGGCACGCUACAUCCCCGCGCGCCGUAUCCUGGUGCAGCGCAUCCCCGAGCGCAGCAUCCCCAUGCAAUGCACGCCGGUCUGCUGCAUCCCGGCACGCUACAUCCCCGCGCGCCGUAUCCUGGUGCAGCGCAUCCCCGAGCGCAGCAUCCCCAUGCAAUGCACGCCGGUCUGCUGCAUCCCGGCACGCUACAUCCCCGCGCGCCGUAUCCUGGUGCAGCGCAUCCCCGAGCGCAGCAUCCCCAUGCAAUGCACGCCGGUCUGCUGCAUCCCGGCACGCUACAUCCCCGCGCGCCGUAUCCUGGUGCAGCGCAUCCCCGAGCGCAGCAUCCCCAUGCAAUGCACGCCGGUCUGCUGCAUCCCGGCACGCUACAUCCCCGCGCGCCGUAUCCUGGUGCAGCGCAUCCCCGAGCGCAGCAUCCCCAUGCAAUGCACGCCGGUCUGCUGCAUCCCGGCACGCUACAUCCCCGCGCGCCGUAUCCUGGUGCAGCGCAUCCCCGAGCGCAGCAUCCCCAUGCAAUGCACGCCGGUCUGCUGCAUCCCGGCACGCUACAUCCCCGCGCGCCGUAUCCUGGUGCAGCGCAUCCCCGAGCGCAGCAUCCCCAUGCAAUGCACGCCGGUCUGCUGCAUCCCGGCACGCUACAUCCCCGCGCGCCGUAUCCUGGUGCAGCGCAUCCCCGAGCGCAGCAUCCCCAUGCAAUGCACGCCGGUCUGCUGCAUCCCGGCACGCUACAUCCCCGCGCGCCGUAUCCUGGUGCAGCGCAUCCCCGAGCGCAGCAUCCCCAUGCAAUGCACGCCGGUCUGCUGCAUCCCGGCACGCUACAUCCCCGCGCGCCGUAUCCUGGUGCAGCGCAUCCCCGAGCGCAGCAUCCCCAUGCAAUGCACGCCGGUCUGCUGCAUCCCGGCACGCUACAUCCCCGCGCGCCGUAUCCUGGUGCAGCGCAUCCCCGAGCGCAGCAUCCCCAUGCAAUGCACGCCGGUCUGCUGCAUCCCGGCACGCUACAUCCCCGUGCGCCGUAUCCUGGUGCAGCGCAUCCCCGAGCGCAGCAUCCCCAUGCAAUGCACGCCGGUCUGCUGCAUCCCGGCACGCUACAUCCCCGCGCGCUGCAUCCCCGCCUGGGGGGAGCCCCAGGAAGCCUCACCGGAUGCUGAGCAGGGGCCUGGUUUUGUGCACUUGGACAUCACACAUGGGGCAGUACUUGUUCGUCUCCAGGUAGCGAACGAUGCAGGUUUUGCAGACUGA